GAGAUUCAGUCUUCUCGUCAGUAUCUUGUGAAGCCUCGUGGAGUGAGGAUGUCCCGUGUGAUCUACCUUGUGGCUCUGGCCUCUCUGGCCGCUCUCUCAGCCGCCCAGAGCACGGCUAAGGUCUUCUGCUACUACGACAGCCGCGGCUUUGUGCGUGAAGGACUGGGCAAAACCAACCUGAAUGACAUCGAACCAGCUCUUCCCUUCUGCACGCAUCUGGUUUAUGGCUAUGCCGGACUCAAUGGCGCCACAAACAAGGCAGUUUCCCUAAAUGAGAAUCUGGAUUUGGAUCAGGGCAAGGGUCAUUAUCGUGCUGUCACGGCACUCAAGCGAAAGUAUCCGGGAUUGAAGAUUCUCCUGGGCCUUGGCGGCGGAGCCGACGGUGACAGUGGACAAUAUCUCACUGCCCUGGAGUCGAGUGGAGCUCGGAUUUCCUUCAUCAACUCCGCCUACACACUGGUGAAGACGUAUGACUUCGACGGUCUCGAUCUCUCCUGGCAAUUUCCCGUGUUGAAGCCCAAGAAGAUUCGCGGCACCUUCUCAUCAUUCCUGCACAAAAUCAAGAAGCCCUUCACAUCUGACGGACCCGUGGACGAGAAGUGGGAGGAACACCGUGAAGAAUUCACAGCUCUCGUGCGUGAGCUGAAGAACUCCUUCCGUCACGACAACUACCAACUCACACUCACCGUUCUGCCCAAUGUCAACUCAUCGCUGUACUUCGAUGUGCCGGCGAUCAUCAACAAUCUGGACUACGUCGUUCUCGCCGCUUAUGACUUCCAAACGCCCGAACGCAAUCCCAAAGAGGCCGACUACGCAGCGCCACUCUAUGAGCUGCCCGAGCGCAAUCCCGAGAGCAAUGUCAACUACCAAGUGCAACUGUGGCUGGGCCAGAGAGCGCCAGCCACGAAGGUGGUCGUUGGGAUUCCCACAUUUGGUCAUUGCUGGAAGACAGACGAGGAUUCCGGCAUCACGGGCGUUCCACCCUUGCGCACUCCCAAAGAGGGCCACCCCGAGGGACCCCAAGUCAAAAUUCCCGGCCUCGUGACCUACCCCGAAGCGUGCGCCAAGCUGCCCAAUCCCUCAAAUGCCCACCUCAAGGGUGAAGAUGCGCCGCUGAGGAAAGUCGGCGAUCCCACAAAACGCUUCGGCACGUACGCUUUCCGCGUCGGUGAUCCCGAUCGUGAUUACGAGCACGGCAUGUGGUGCACCUUCGAGGAUCCCGACACGGCUGGCAACAAGGCUGGCUACGUGAGAGCCAAAGGCUUGGGCGGAAUUGGUGUAUUUGACCUCACCUUCGAUGACUUCCGCGGCUCGUGCUCAGGUGACAAAUUUCCCAUUCUCAGGGCCGCCAAAUAUCGCUUGUAAAAGCAACAAAAGAGCAUUUUCCAAGGCUACACCAAUUCCCCAGACGCAGCUUUUGUAUUUCUAUUCCCUAUAAUAAAAGUUCCCCAGACUAGAUUUUUUAAUUGUGAAGAAGUUGAGUUUCCUUGACUUGAGAAAGCCAAUCAGCAAAUGUGAUAAGCUUUGAACUUGAACUUGAUAUGCGGGGAAAAACUGUCAGUGUUUUUGUGAUUAAAGAAAAAGAAGAGAAAAAUUCAA